CCGAACCACAAGACUUACAACCGAGGCUGGCAUGCGACAUAGUCAAUAUAAAUUAUCUAGCGUCACCCAAAUCAUCAUUCACUUAGUCUUUAAGAAGCUAAUUUAUCUGUGAUACUCGGCCAGCGAGAACAAGACAAAGACGGUCAGAAAGCGGACUCUAAACAAUAGAGAUGGUCAGCCAAUAACACUGUUGCUUCAAGCAGAUGUUUAGCUAAUGACUCGAUUCGACUUUCCUUGUUGUGUUUCAAACAGGUACCAUAUGUUUCGCGGUUACUUUUUCUCAUGGAAUACAACGAUAACAACGUGCUAGCGAUGUCCACCUCGACACACGCGAGCAGAUUUGUACAACAGGAGCAACAAACUACGGUACAAUUCGCCGUCGAGCAAGUCGUCAGUGGAAAAUUGCAGUGGAGUGAGCCGCUAGUCAAAAAUUGUUGACUUCUUACUUUCUGUUUACAGUGUUGAUCUUGUCGCACAGUGGUAAACUUUAGGCAUAUGUAUAAUAGCUGAAUUUCAAACACAGCAUCCCUUACCUCGUGGUUUAUAAAACAGCAGCUAAAGACAAGAGAUAAGUUUAUCAUAUCUAACAGUAAGAGGGAGGACUACUUUGCCUAAAGUACUCUCUCUGAGUUUCAGCUGAUAACCGAAAGUUUCAACUAUACUGCGGAUUUAUAGUUCGUAUUUGUAAUAUGGCUCUGCGAUUUGGAAACACUACGAGGCUUCAUCACAUUGACUUUCCAGCAGCUUCUACAGAAAGUGGGAGCCAGACCUGGGAACAAACGGUUCCAAAGACUCAUUCAGAAUUGAAACCAGCUCCUCAAGGUAAUCAGACACAUAAAACAGGGAAGGUUAACGUGCGAAUCCGCAAAAGACAAGAAAAGGAAAGCACCAGAAAGGCUCGGCAGGACAGGAGUACGCAAUCUGCGUCUUCAACAGAACUAAAAAGCGAAAUCUUAAACAACAGUGGCAGUUGUGGAUUCACCCAAGAGGUUCCAAUUCCCAACCGGACGACUUUCAGCGCUAUAACUCAACAAUCCACGGCGAUGUGCUAUAUGAAUUUAACUGUGGAGUGGGACGUUUUAGACUCGUUCUCGGAGUUUGCGACGUUUUUAGAGUUACAAAAUCCUAUCUGUCCCGCGCAUCUUAUUGACACUCCAGAGAAGCUUCUAAGUGUUUUGUCGUGCGAGCUUUAAACAUGACUGUAUUCGGCCUGAUAAGUGCGUUUGGUGGUUUUCAAAACAUUUGUCAAAGAACAAAAAGACUUGGGUCAACGGUGAAAACCGUCUGAAGUCUGCAAUCAAUUCCGGUUGGAAUAAUAAGACAGAAAAUCGAAAUAAAACGACCUUCACCUUUAAUAUAUUUAUUUAAAUGCCCUGUUGACAAAGAAAGCAAGCGAAAUGUUAUUUCUGUUUUCUCCAAAUUAAACGAAGUUCUCCUUCACUGACUAACAACAGCGUGGCCUGAUCUAAGUUUAUAUUAACGAAGCGCUUAAUUCUAAAAACGGUUUAUCGUAUAUUAGGCUUAGUAAUUUUGCAUAGAUCUGAUUGCCAGUGAAUAUUUAAACCAUUUGUAAUUAAGCAAACAACUUGUGUUAACGAUGGUCGAACAUCAAGCGAGCAAAAACGGCAUACUGAAUCUAGCCUACACACUUGUCCUUGAUCACAGUCGAGCUCGGCGCACGCUCGAGUUUGCGGUCAAAGUGUCGCGUGUGUUUUUCUCUUUGAAAAUAUCGUACACCAUUAACUUUAACGCGCAAGAUGAUAAAAAUCUCUUUUGAGAUACCACUUUCUUGUGAAGUCAUUAAUAUUCCUCUAUGCUUGCCACCUGUACAGGAGAUAUUCACCUACUGUAUUUGAUCUACAGUUAAAAAGUGACGAAAUAUCUUUGUUCGUUUAACAUACUUUUGCUGAUCUUGGUUCCAUUUAAGUCUCUGAUUUCUCAUCUCUACUUGAUUGUGAUUUUUUUUUUGAGUAGCUCUUGCUUUCAGUUCGACUGCCAAAAAGCACAUCAUACUUGUAAAUAUCCGAGGAACUGACUGACUAAUCGUACAGAGGAAACUAGAAGAACUAAUUGUCUACAGAAUCGUGAACCGUUUGACGUCUGUGAAACACCUAAGAAACACCCAUGAAAGUUCCAUGCGUGAAAGUGUGAAUUUAGUUCAACGCUCUUAUUAGGAUAUCUUAGCAACUUUUUAUACUCUAACUACGAGUAUAUAUGACAUAUUAAAAUUGUAUUUAAGGCAUGGUAAUCACAUUGACGUGUACAUACUCUUUAACUCCUUUGUAGCUACCACUACAAAGGUGUUAAAACUUGUCCAAAAUAAACGUUUUCGUUAUAAUAAAUCACAAAUUCGUAGAAAAUGAUCGAGCCUCAUUCGAUGCUUCCGUAUGGUUUUCGUGUUUUAGGAUUCAUCAUCUUGAGUUUUUUUUAAUUUCUUAUUUUUUUAAAUGAUUCGACUUUACUGCCAUUGAGUUUACUCGCUGCGUGUUUUAAUCAUAUUUAUAGGUCUCAUCCACGCGGGCCAUUUUGUGAGAGGAAAUUAAAAAUCAAACCAGAGUUUUAUUAAAGAUUGUAGUCUAGCAUAGCAUAUCUUUUUAUCUGUUAUAUUUUGAUGAUCGAUGAUAACAGUAUUUUUCUAGCCCUCAAAAGGAGCCUUACACUGAGAGCACAUUGAUGUGCGCGGAUGAUUUCUUGAGCUUGUUAACGCGACAUAACCAUGAGUGUGGUAAAAAAAAAAAAAAAAAAAAAAAA